AUUGAUACCUUAUCUCGGCUCUUGAUUUGUUCUGCCCCCUCCUUAAUCUUCUUCUCCGUAUAAUUAUAAAUAAUUACUGUUUUGGGGUUAAUGUUUACAUCUCCAUGGGUUGUGGCGCUUCCAAGUUCGACGCCCACGAAGGUGCGGCGGCGGGAGCGCAACAAACCCACCACCACAACGUCGAUUCCCCUCAUCCGCCGCCGGCCGCCACCGAUGAGGGAGCUGGCGAUGCCGGAGCAAGGAAGAGCAGCGUAUCGUCUGCCAGUAGGUUACGAGGGCUGAGGAAGAUUAAAGAGGAGGUGCAUGCUAUUAGAAGACAUCAUCUUCAUCAUCACCAUCAUGAGGUUGAUAAGCUGUUAUUGCCGCCACCGCCGCCGGCUAAGGACGGCGGGAGGAUGGUGGUGGUUGUGAAGAAGGCAGCGGCAGGGGAGGUAGGGAAGGAUGAAUUCGGCGGCGGCGGCAGAGGAGGAGGAGAAGGGCAUAGGGAAGACAGCAUUAUGGUUUCUCUUGGGUCACCGAGUUUCCGGGUUUAUUGUGUUGAUGAUGACUUGUUGCCUCAUAAGGUGGUGGAUGAUCAUCAUCAUCAUCAUCAUCAUGAUUCUCAAACUCAUGAUGAUCACGAAGUUAACAUGGAAGAUGAAGAAAAGGAAAACAAAGUACCAGUAGAGGAUGGAUCAAAUAAGGGAGAAGAAGGGAAAAGGAAUAAGAAGGGGAAGAGAGGAAGGGGGAUAAUGAGUGUGUUGCCAAGAGGGGGAGGAUCAGGUGGGAUGAGACACAUUCUUCAUCCACAUCGUUUAGGCAACCAUUCUAAUCAACCACAUUAAUCCUAAUUAUGCAUUGAUCGAUGAAGAAUUAAUUAAUUAUUAUGAAAUCCCAUAUGUAUCCUCCUCCCAUUUCUUCAGGGAAGCAAUUUUAUGAGACAUUUGUAAUCUCGUUUUGAUCGACUUUGUAUACUGCUAUGUCGUUUGUGGUUUUGAUGUUUUAAAUCAAAUUCAAACUUAUAUGUGAAAGAGAUAAAAGUAAAAGAAACUGAAAAUAAAUUUGAUUUUAUGUAUAUGGCUUUUAAUUUGUUUUAUUCUUUCAUUGUAUUAAUAUAAAUCAAAAGUUCAUUAACAACAUCGAUUGUGGCCAAUCUUGGUCUGAAUGUAAUGCGAUAAAAUUGUAUAGAGUUUGUGACCAAAUCAUGUAUCAUAUGGAAC